GGGCCAAUGUUGUGCGGGACCAGGGCUGCGGCUGCGGCUGCGGCGCCACGGAUCCGGGAUGGCCGCCCGCGUGUGGUUGGAGCCCGGCUACAAGUGCCUGAGCGACGAGCCGGUGCGGGUGCGGGUGGGCGGUUUGUCGCCGCUACAACCGGUCACCAUGAGGGCCGGCCUGAGCGACGAGAAGGGCGAGACUUUCGGCUCGGCGGCUUUCUACCGGGCGGACGAACGGGGCGAGCUGGACCUGAACCGCUCGCCAUCCCUGGGCGGCCACUACACCGGCACCGAGCCCAUGGGGCUCUUCUGGUCGCUCACCCCCGUCAAACCUUUCAGUCGGCUGGUGAAGAGGGACGUGGCCGGAUCGCCGCUGCGGGUCCACAUCGAGGUGUUUGACGGGCACGACGGCGACCCCCAGGAGCGGCCCCUGGCCUCCUGUGUCAAUGAGCGGUGGUUCAUGAAGGAAGGGGUGACCAGGAUCCCGGUCAGAGAGGGCAGGGUCCGCGGGGUGCUCUUCGUCCCACCCGGUGAUGGUCCAUUUCCCGGAAUUAUUGAUAUGUAUGGGUCAGUCGGUGGAGUGGUUGAGCACAGAGCUAGUCUCUUAGCAAGUCGUGGAUUUCUGACAUUGGCUCUAGGAUAUUUUGGAUACGAUGACCUUCCAAAGGAUUUUCUUAACCUUGAUCUUGAAUAUUUUGAAGAAGCUGUGAACCUUCUGAGGCACCAUUCAAAGGUUAAAGGUCCAGGAGUUGGAGCAAUAGGAAUAUCAAAGGGAGGAGACCUAGUUCUUUCAAUGACCACGUUUAUUCCGCAUGUGAUAGCAGCGGUCAGCAUUGGUGGAUGCAAUGCAAAUACCUUGGGUAACUUGCAUUACAAAAACAUCACUCUUUCAGGCUUGGGAAUUACUUUGGACCGAGCAAAAUUUUGUGAAUCAAAUCUAAUUGAUAUCUCUGAAGUGACAAAUAAUCCAAAGGAUGAAGAAAAUAAAGAUUGCAUCAUCCCAUUAGAAAAGGCUGAGGGUCAUUUUUUGUUCGUGGUUGGAGAGGAUGACAAGAAUUGGAACACACCUCUCUUUGCUCAGCAAGCUGUUGAACGACUGAAAGAAAAUGGAAAAAAUAACUAUGAAAUUCUGACUUACCCAGAGUCUGGACACCUCCUGGAGCCUGCAUAUUUUCCAUUCUGUUAUGCCUCUUUUCAUCGGUUGGUAGGGCUACCUGUGAUAUGGGGAGGGCAAAUGAAACCACAUUCAAUAGCCCAAAUAGAUCUUUGGCCUAGGAUCCAACGAUUUCUAAGAAAACAUCUGGAAAAACAAAGCAAAUUGUAAAAAUAUUUACUUCAGGCAUUAUUGUGUAAUGAAUUCCACCUGUCAUUUUGUGCACUAAGAAUAAUUGUAAAACUUCACCACAUUGAAAUUAGUAAUUUGUUCAUAAUGUGAUAUUUGCCUAUUAAUUGUAUUAAAAUAUUUUGCAUAAAUAUAUUUGUUUGCAUUUAAACCAAUAUUCAUUAUUGAGAAUAUAUGAAUUAUAGAGCAGAGGGUUGAGAUUGGCAACAGCCUGAAGCUAUUUGUCUUAAAGCAAACAAGUGCAAAAUUAUAAACUGGGGAGCAAAAUCAGAACAUUUUAGCCAGGGACUUUAUAUUCCAAAUCCAUACUUAGCAAAUCUGGCAUAUGAUUGUUUGGAAAAUAGAUGAUCUGGGCACCGUGUUCCCUCAUUACUCUGCAAUGUGAGCCACUGGUCUGCAGUACAAGUGAUGUAUGUGGACUGUGGCAGAAUCCAAGGUCUGAACUGUAUACAGUGCGGGGUUGGGGGGUGUUUGGUACUCCAGGAGUCAGGAAUGUGAGUCAGAUUGCAUCCGGAGCCAGGAUCCUGAGCACUUGCAUAUUUUCUCUUAAUUUAUACAUUAGAUUCACAGGA